AUGGGGGUGAUGACGUCAGCAGGCCAACACAUGAUGACGUCACCUGCUCAUACUCCUUCUAGACUCACCCCUCUCAUGCCUACCCACUCACUCUCCCCCUCACACCCUCUCUCCCCCUCUCACCCCCACUCUCCCACUCGCUCACUCUCCGCAACACACCCCCUCUCCCCUUCUCCGUACACCAUGGUGACGUCACCAUCUGACUCGAUGCUGACGUCAUCCGUGGCAGCAUCAGGCAUGGCCUAUCCCUCAGCCACCAUACCAUACGCAUCCACUGAUGCUCUACCAUCCAUGUCCAUGCCCUCUCACCAAUCUAUGGCCUCGCAACAACCCAUGCCGUCACAACAGCAAUCCAUGUCUAUACCCUCUCAACAACUACCCAUGGCCUCACAACCAUCCAUGCAGCAGCAAACUCUAGGCAUGGGGUCUCUCCAGAGUCAUCCCUCAGGGGCUUUAAGCUCAUCCUUCCCACAGAUGAAUGUACAUAUCGCCUCCUCCCCUCAGGGGAGUAGCGCAAACCAUGGCAUGCCCUCAGUGAUGACGUCAUCGACGCAGGUUCAGCGGGAUUCGGUGACGUCAGGAGGAUAUGGGGGUGGGACGGUGGUGGCUGUGGGGGGUGGAGAGAGGGAGGGGCGGCAGCAGCAGGUUGUGCGUGGUGCUGAAAUGGGUGAGCAGCAGCAGCAGCAGCAGCAGGGGAGGGGGACGACGACGACAACAGUUACUAGCAUAAACCCCAUGAUCCCUCCUAGAAUAAUUGCUGCUAUUUACUCUAAAAUACCCGAGGGUAUUUCCCCUGAGCUGCAACAGCAGUGGGUGGAGCAGCAGCAGCAGUCUUACUUGCUUCACCAGCAGCAGAAGCACCAGCGACGGCAGCAGCAGGAGCAGCAACGGCAGCAGCAGGAGAGGGAAAGGCAGUUACAGGAAGAGAUUUUGCAGCAGCGGAGAGCAGAGGAGAGGGAGAGAGAAAGGGAGAGAGAAAUGGAGAGGGAAAGGGAGAGGGAGAGGGAGAGGGAAAUGGAGAGGGAGAGGAGGGAGAGGGAAAGGGAGAGGGAGAGGGAAAGAAUGGAGAGGGAGAGGGAGCGGGAAAGGGAGCAGGAGAGGGAGAGGGAGAGGGAGAGAGAGAUGGAGAGGGAGAGAAAGAGAGAAGCAGAGAGGGAGAGGGAGAGGCGGAGGAAGCAGAUGCAGGAGCAGAAGCCUUUGGCAGUGGUGAUGCUGAUGCAGUCAAUGGGAGCACGCAAGAAGAGCGAGAGCAGGGAUGGAGGAAGGGCGGGAGGAGGGGGCGGAGGAGCGAUGGGAGCAGAUGAAUGGGACGGCUCUUCCCCUGCCCGUCAACGUGGCCAGUGCAGGGACUCGGAUUACGUUGCCUGCCGUGCAAGCCUCUGCGGCGCUCCCAGCCGUCGGGGCAGCUGCCUCAUUCCCCCGUUCCUUGUCACUCGAGCCUCUGCGGUGCUCCCAGCCGCCGGGGCAGCUCGAGGGAAGCGCAGCAGCCCAGACAGGCAGGAUAUGGCGGCAGCACGGCAGGGCAUGGCAUCAGCACUGCAUAUGGCGGCAGCAUGGCAGCACAGAGGGCAGUGCUGCUGA